AUGUCGCAAGCAAGUUCUUCCUCUUCUAGCUCGUCAAACUCGUCAAACGGGUCUCCGAAUAAUCUAUCAAAUACUGUUCAGUCACAAUUGUUUAGCUUCCAGGACAAUGAAAAAGUGUUAUGUUAUCACGGUCCUAUGUUAUAUGCCGCUACUGUAAAGGAGGUAAAUUCUCAGUAUGUGGACGCUUCUGGUGAAGCAGGACUUUAUUACAAAAUUCAUUAUCAUGGAUGGAAUUCGAGAUCGGACGAAUGGGUCCCUCAAAAUCGAAUUUUAAAAAUGAACGAAGAAAAUAUGAUUUUGCAGAAUACUCUCCAGGAAGAGUUAAAAAAUCGACCUUCUGCUGUUGCUGCACGAGCAAAUGCCGCUGCCAAUCAACAGGAAUCUAAUAAUAUAGUCAACACAGCAGUACCUAUGGAAGUGGAUGAAGUGGAGAACUCAAAUAAAGAUUCAUCAUUAGAAAAUGACACUUCCAAUACAAAACUUAAUUCGCCACCCGUUGCUACGGCAACUAAUAAUAAUAAGAAUGCUACAGAUGAAAAUAACCACCAGAGCACAAAUAACAAA